CGUAGCUCUGUUAUUGUCACGUGACCGCUGACGCAACUCUGUAAGUGUUGCAGUAAAUGCUGCAGUUUCUGCCAGGAAUGAUGAAACUCGAGGAAAUAAACAAAGCUGACGCGUAUCUAAAGUGCUAUGGCUAAACUUUAAGUUAAUUAGUCCCGGUUUAAUCUAUUUCAAAGGAACUCUGGUCAGUUAAAAAGCUAAAUACGCCAUUAAUUUCCGGUGUGGGAGCAGCAUUAGCUUUAAGAGUCAGAACCAGGAAAGAUCUUCCCAACUUCUGACUGGACUGAGAGUUGUUUUCAUCAUGCACCGAGGACAGAGGAGGUCCCCCCACAUGGGCUUGAUGCUCCUGGCCUCCAGCCUGUUCCAGGUGGGUCUGGACAACAUCCCCCCCGUCACUCUGGGCGUCCUGGCUCUCAACGCGUACCUGUACCUGUUCCCUGCUGCCCCCCUGCUCAAGGCUUGUGUGAGCGUCCAGCAGGCCUACUGGUAUAAAGACUGGCGCCGACUGGUGCUGUCCCCCUUCCACCACGUGGACGACUGGCAUCUGUACUUCAACAUGGUGUCGUUCCUCUGGAAAGGCAUGAAGCUGGAGCGCCGGCUGGGGGGAGCCUGGUUCCUCUACCUGCUCUCCGUCCUGUCCCUGCUCACCGGGGUGCUUUACCUGGCGCUGGAGUUUCUGCUGACGGAGCUCACCGACGACCAGUCCUACAGCACGGCGUGUGCCGUCGGCUUCUCAGGCGUCUUGUUCGGUCUGAAGGUGAUCAAUAACCAUUAUCACCCUGGAGGUGUGACGCAUGUGAUGGGGGUUCCUGUGUCUAAUCGCUACGCCAGCUGGGCGGAGCUCGUACUGAUCCACAUCACAGCUCCUGGAACCUCCUUCGUUGGUCACCUGGCAGGAAUCCUGGUGGGUCUGCUCUACACGGCCGGACCGCUGAAGACGGCCAUGAAGAAAUGUGCAGAGUUGGUGUCCUCCAGCGGAUUCAGCUCGCGUCUCGGUGGCUCCUUCAGCUCCUUCAGCUCCUUCAGCUCCUCGGGCUCCUCAGGAUACCGGGGCACCGAGAGAGACCACUCUGGGAACUUUCAGCACUCGCCGGACUACACCCGAGCCCACACGGCUCCUUACACGGGCGGGCUGACGGAGGACGAGCAGCUGCAGGCAGCCAUCAGAAACAGCCUGAACGACAGAGGACAAGCGCAGCAGAGAGGAGCUCCUCCUCCGUACGGGUUCCACCUCCCCGACGACGCCAGCGCUGAGGAGAUCCGCCAGAGGAGGCUGAGGAGGUUCGACAGCUGAGCUGCACCGUCAGAACUCCACAAGCUUCCCGACACGUUUCACCGCUCUUUUAUUCUCCUUCUCAUCCCCCUGGAGCUCCGAGUGUCGUCCUAAACAUGUGCCGGCGUCAUGGAUGUAAUCGUUUUACUCUGAUCUCCUGAAACUGUGAAUGGAAAACUGUCUGAAUGAGGAAGUACAGACCGGACGGGGGUAAGGACUCCGACCCCCAGAAGCCUUCACUUCGCUUACCAAACCAAAGAAGACAACGUUAAUAAAAUCUGCAGGAGAACUUAAGAAUGAGUGUGUUGCUACCAGGACGUCCUCCGCUUUCAUCCCGCUGUUCAAAGUCCUGGCUGAAUUUCUGAGUUAUUAUUUUACUUUUCUCUUCAUCAGAUGACUAAAACCUGAUGCUGCAUCGUGCCAAACUGCCAUCCGAUACUAGUCGUCUGAACUUUAUACCGAUGUUUGUUAAAACGUGGAUAUCUUUCAUGAAAACAGAGUACUGUGUAACAGAUUUAUACUAUUUGUAAUAAAUAUUCUUCUACUCUCAGAUUUACUGGUCAUGCCGCCGUUAUUAAGACUCAGAAAAGCUGUCUUUGCUCUCUCCUCUUCC